UCAGCACGCCGUGGGCCAUGUCCACGAUGUUGCCCGAAGAAAAGUCCGCGGUGUUUUCCACCGACCUCGGCUAGUUGCCUCCGGCGCCGCGCCUCUGCAAAACGGGGAGACGUCCCCAAUUCCCCAUUUCCCGGACACCAACUCGCCACGCGACGCUCCCAAUCGCUCGAGCUGAUUCGUGUUCGAUUAUUGUCUUGAUCCGACGGGCGAGUCCACCACCAUGGGAUUCGACAAGGAGGCGAGCUCCUCGUCCUCGCGGCUCGACGCGGCGCCGCUGCUGCCGCAGCACGGCAGCGGCGCCGGCGCGCACCAUUCGUCGCAGCCCAAGACGUUCGCCAACGUCUUCAUCGCGGUGGUCGGCUCGGGCGUGCUGGGCCUCCCCUACACCUUCUCCCGCACCGGCUGGGCGGCGGGGACUCUCCUCCUCCUCGCCGUGGCCGCGCUCACCUUCCACUGCAUGAUGCUGCUCGUCGCCGCCCGCCGCCGCAUCGCCGACGAGCAUCCCAAGAUCGCCUCCUUCGGGGACCUGGGCCACGCCGUCUACGGCGCGGCCGGGCGGCACGCCGUCGACGCUAUGCUCGUGCUCAGCCAGGCCAGCUUCUGCGUGGGGUACCUCAUCUUCAUCUCCAACACCAUGGCGCACCUCUACCCCAUCGGGGCAUCGUCCCCCGCCUCCCCGCUUCUCACGGCCAAGGCUCUCUUCAUCUGGGCCAUGUUGCCGUUCCAGCUCGGGCUCAACUCCAUCAAGACGCUCACGCUCCUCGCGCCGCUCAGCAUCUUCGCCGACAUCGUUGACCUCGGCGCCAUGGGCGUCGUCCUGGGCCAGGACACGUCCAUCUGGCUCUCCAACAAGCCCCCCGUGUUCGCCUUCGGCGGCCCGGCCGAGCUGCUCUACGGCCUCGGCGUCGCCGUCUACGCCUUCGAGGGCGUCGGCAUGGUCCUGCCGCUGGAAGCGGAGGCCGCGGACAAGCGCAGGUUCGGCGGCACGCUCGCGCUGUCCAUGUUGUUCAUCGCCGUCAUGUACGGGCUGUUCGGCGCCAUGGGCUACCUCGCGUUUGGCGCGGCCACGCGGGACAUCAUCACCACAAACCUCGGCACCGGCUGGCUCUCGGUCCUAGUGCAGCUCGGCCUGUGCAUCAACCUCUUCUUCACCAUGCCGGUGAUGAUGAACCCAAUCUACGAGGUCGCCGAGCGCCUGCUCUGCGGCAAGCGCUACGCCUGGUGGCUGCGCUGGAUACUCGUCGUGGUCGUCGGGCUCUUGGCGAUGCUCGUGCCCAACUUCGCCGACUUCCUAUCACUCGUCGGGAGCAGCGUUUGCGUCGUGCUCGGGUUCGUGCUGCCCGCCGCGUUCCACCUCAAGGUGUUCGGCGCCGAGAUCGGGUGGGUCGGGCUCGUCGGCGACUUGGCCGUCAUCGUCAUCGGGAUUGCGCUUGCGUUGUCGGGGACAUGGACGUCACUCGCUCAAAUCUUCAGUUCCUCCAACGUGUAAGCAUCGACAGUCUCAUAUGGAUGAAGUCUUGCUACUUCAUUGAGAUUGCUCAAUUGUACGUACCCAAUUCAGCUGCCAUGUUGAUUUGGGCAUACUUGCAUUGCUUGAAAAAUUGUGACAAACGGCAUACACGAUUCUUGGGGGCUUGCUGAAAUCUAUAUGGUUUGUUCAGAUAUAGAUUCGAUUUGUACCUAGUAGCGAAUCCAUGUGUGUAUCAUGUACGAUCCUUGAUGUUGCAAGGAUUAAGUCACAAGGAAACGAUGCAUGUGCAAUACAAGAGUACCUAUGUUGUGUAAA